AUGUCCGGCAGCAACUCACCGGCUCCAAAUCUGCAGCAGGGCUCGAGCGAUGUAUUUAUCAAGCUAGCAUUAGAGCAAAUGCAAAGUGCGAAGGAGGCAAAGAAGCUGAAUAAUCUCAGAGAUGCAUCAAAGUCCGCUUUAGAGGCGCUUGAAUCACCCAGUAGUCACCCUGCUAUGGAUGCUCAGACAAUACAAACAAUUUUCGCCCCUUUUCAAAUAGCUUGUCGCUCAAGACAGGCCACCCUUGCGACAAUCGCCAUUGACUGCCUGGGAAAACUGUUCACAUACAAUUAUUGGGGCCGACAUGAUGCUCUCCUUGAGGGUGAUGCCGCUGUUGGAGGAUCUGUAGCAGAUUUUGAUAUGGACGUUCCGCGAAAGGAACCCGGAUCAAAUCGGCUUUCCGGAGACGACGAUCGGAGCAGCAUGGAAAGCAAUGCUGAAGGGGGCGGCUCUAUGGUUGCUCUAGUUGUGGACACCAUAUGCGAUACCUUUGGUGGGGGAGAAAAUACCGAUGAGAAGGUGCAGCUGCAGAUUGUGAAGGCCCUUUUAGCCGCUGUUUCUAAUGCUGAUCCGACUGCGGCUAUCCACGGAGGCGUACUUUUGAAAGCGGUCAGAACGACUUACAACAUCUUUCUCCUCUCAAAAUCGGCCAAUACCCAAAUAGUGGCCCAGGCCACUCUAACGCAGAUGGUUCAGGCUGUCUUCGGCCGAGUGCCGAAGGACAUCCCCAAAGCUGAUGAUGAUAAGACCCGAAGUCGAAGUUCCACUGCAGCGCCUGAUGGGAAAGUGGAGCAGAUACCGACACAAGGCGCCAGUGCUGAUUCUACGGAACAAGAUGCAUCGCCGACGGAGAGCGAAAGUCCUGCAAUGGAGGAUGGGGGAAGUAAAGGUGAUGAGUCCCCUUCAAGGGCAUCUGGUGGGGUGGCCAGCGUAGACGAUGAUCGCGCAUCUGUAGCAAGUUCCGGUAUGAGGGGAAGCGCUAGCGUCGACAGCAUCUCUACGGGACUUGACGAAGAGCGCCGCUCUCAGGACAUUCUGAACGAAUCCUCAAAAAAGGUUAAAGGCUCUGCUGCAGAACAGUAUAUCAAGGAUGCGUAUCUCGUUUUUCGAGCGCUUUGCAAGCUCAGCAUGAAGCCAAUACCAGCACCAGAGGGAGCAACCGAUCUCAAAUCUCACGCCAUGCGAUCAAAGCUCUUAUCACUGCAUCUGGUUUAUACUAUUCUCGGUUCACACAUGUACAUCUUCUUCACUCCAGCCCCUGUUCUAUUCUCGCCGGGGACUCAGACAAAAGCUGAUUCAAAUGCAGUGUUGUUUGUUCAUGCCGUCAAGCAGUACCUGUGCUUAAGCCUAAGUCGGAACGCAGUCAGCGUUGUACCACAGGUGUUUGACAUAUCCAUGGAAAUAUUUGGUAAAGUGCUGAUCGGUCUUCGGAGCGUGUUGAAAAAAGAACUGUCAGUGAUCUUCACGGAAAUAAUUAUCCCGAUUGUGGAAGCCAGAUCAUCCAUAACAUUUCACCAGCGCACGUCUUUGUUGAAGGCUCUUCAGCGAAUACUGUCCGAUCCACAGGCCGAUGGAGGACGGGUCCUUGUAGAAAUUUAUCUCAACUACGACUGCGAUGUAGAAGCGGGGGCGCGUGAGAACAUUUGGGAACGUCUGGUCAAUGCGCUGGCCAAAGUCAUGACGCAACAUCACGAGACAAGCACAACCGUCCCUGCCACUGGGCCAGCGCAGCAGCAACAACAACAAUCGCAGCGGGGAAAUACAAUGCCACCGGCGAUAACAACUGCCAAUCUUACCAAUUUCACAAAAGAGCAAGUGCGGGAGCUGUAUUCAUCAACUGGGGACUAUGGGGAACUUAAAAAGCGUGGGCUGGAACUGAUGGUGAGGGGUGUCCUACGCCCGCUCGUCGCUUGGUGCAAUGCGAGAGCGCCUGCCGCUGGUGCCCCUGCUGAGGAAGAAAAAGGAGGAAGAAAGAGUGAAGAAGCGGAGGCUUCGGUAAAGCUAGGGUUGGUGACGGACGAAGAAGGAAAGAAAGGAACUGGACAACAACCCGGACGCAAAAUAGAAGAUGACCCGACAGCGUUUGAAACGCUCAAGCAUCGCAAGCAAGUUCUCAGCGAAGGCAUCAAAAGAUUUAACUUCAAGCCAAAGAAGGGAAUGCAGUAUUUGCUCGACUCUGGUUGUAUAGCGUCACGAACUCCCCGGGAUAUUGCCAGGUUUUUAUUGCAUACGGAUGGUUUGAACAAAUCGAUGAUUGGCGAAUUCCUCGGCGAAGGAGAAGAGGAAAAUAUUGCAAUCAUGCACGCGUUUGUAGACGAGAUGGAGUUUUCCGGAAUGACGUUUACAGAUGCACUCCGGCUCUUUUUGCAAUGUUUCAGACUCCCCGGUGAAGCGCAGAAGAUAGAUCGUUUUAUGCUGAAGUUUGCAGAACGCUAUGUGAAAGGAAAUCCCCAAAACUUCAGCAGCGCUGACACUGCUUACGUUCUCGCCUACUCCGUAAUUAUGCUAAAUACUGAUCAGCAUAAUGCUCAAGUAAAAAAACGGAUGACGAAGGCAGAUUUCCUCAAGAAUAAUCGUGGAAUUGACAACGGGCAAGAUCUAGCGCAAGAAUUUCUGGAAGCCAUCUUUGAUGAAAUAUCGCAAAACGAAAUCGUGAUGAAAGAUGAGCAGCCGGUUGUUCCGGGAGUGAGUCCGGGUGGGCCAAAUGAUAAACCUGGAGUCAGUGGAAGCGGCAGCAAUAAAAAGGAAGUUGCACACUUUGCCCUAGCUAGCGAAACGAUGGCCUUGAAGACUGAAGCCAUCUUUAAUACUAUGCUGAAGGGGAAAAGUAAGCGCACGGCGACUAUUCCCGGAGGGGCUAGCAAGGAAGCAGCUCCUGCGGGUGGUUUCUUCGUUGCUAGUCAUUACGAACAUGUUAAAGCGAUGUUCCAGAUAAUCUGGAUGAGCAUUUUGACCGGUAUCAGCGGGCCGCUUCAAGAAAGCGAAGAUGUUGAGACUAUCAUCGUCGCGUUGGAAGGGUUUAAACACGCGACCCACAUAUCGUGCUUAUUUGAUAUGGAUUUGGAGAAGAAGGCGUUCAUCUCGACCCUCAGCAAGUUCACAAUGUUGGGCAACAUGCAAGAAAUGAGGGCGAAGAACUUCGAGGCUACCAAGUCGCUGUUAGAGAUUGCUUUUACGGAGGGAAAUUUUCUGGGAGAGAAUUGGAAGGAUGUGGUCCUAUGCGUCAGUCAGCUGGAGAGGCUGCAAGUGGUGGGUAGUGGGAAUGAGAGUGAUGCGGCGCGACCCAGAGCAUCCACAGAUCGCCUUCAGCGCCGAGAAUCAUCUAAUGCGAUAACGCGAACAGGAUUCUUGCAAGAAGCAGCAGCAGAGGCAGGUUCUCAGGGUAUGACAGUAAUGGUGGAUCGAAUCUUCACAUCUAGUGUCAAGCUAUCUGGGUAUGCCAUUGUUGCGUUCGUACGCGCACUCUGCGAAGUUUCCUGGGAUGAGAUCACGUUUUCGUCGGAUCGCGAGCACCCUCGCAUGUACUGCCUACAACGACUAGUGGAAAUUUCCUACUACAACAUGAAGCGUAUUCGUGUGGAAUGGUCCAAUAUUUGGGCCAUCCUGGGUGAUCACUUCAACCAAGUUGGCUGCCACCCUAAUAGCAACGUUGGCUUUUUUGCGCUUGACAAACUACGACAGCUGGCAAUGAAGUUCUUGGAAUUAGAAGAAUUGCCGAAUUUCAAGUUCCAGAAGGACUUCUUGCGGCCCUUUGAGCAUGUUUUGGGUAAUAACAGCGAUGUUAAGAUCAAGGAUAUGGUGUUGGCAUGUCUCCAGCAGAUGAUUCAAGCUAAAAGCAAAAGCAUCAAAAGUGGUUGGAAAGCGAUGUUUGGGGCGUUCAUAAGGGCUGCUCGAGAAACACAUGAGCCCAUUGUUCUACUCGCCUUUGAUAUCGUGAAGGGCAUAUUCAAGAACAAUUUUGAGAGCGUGGUAGCAAACCAGACUUUUCCAGACUCUGUCUCUUGCCUUGUAGAAUUUUGCAAGAAUCGUAAAUUUGGCCGUACGAGUCUCCAGUCGGUCGAAAUACUCCGCCAGUCUAUUCCUCGUAUUUACGAGCUGUCGAAAACGCAACAAGGCUCCAAGUUGCUUAUCAAUGCUGUCAGCAGCAUGGCCGUGUUGCGCUCAAAUGAAAAUCUGACCGAGUCUAUACAGCAAAGUCUCUUGGCGUCUACCCCAGGAUCGGCAACACCAGGGACUGCUGGCCCCAUCAAACCUGCAGGUAUUCCAGUGGGAGGUGGUGUUGCUCCCGAAGAUGACCCAAGCUUCAGAUUUUGGUUCCCAAUUUUGUUCGGACUGUAUGAGGUGAUAAUGACCUGCGAUCUAGAAGUUAGAACCAGAGCCCUAAAUUAUCUAUUCGAUACGCUAAAACAAUAUGGUGCUUCCUUUUCACGAGAUUUCUGGGAGGUUAUAUCAAAAGGAGUUCUGUUUCCCAUUUUCGACGACCUUCGAUUAUCCCGGCAGGAGCAUACAAAAUUUGCAAAUAGAGAGGACAUGUCCGUGUGGCUUUCUACCACUCUUAUCCAAGCUCUGCGACAGUUUAUCGAUCUGUUCGGUCAUUACUUCGAUACCCUUAAUUUCCAGAUCGAUGGAGUAUUAGAACUCUUGACGGUCUGCAUGACCCAAGAAAAUGAAACCUUAGCGAGGAUUGGAAGCACAUGUCUACAGCAAUUCAUCGAAGGCAAUGUGCAAAAGCUGGACGAUGCAGUUUGGGAAAAGGUUUGCACGAUGUUUGUGCAUUUGUUUGAAGUCACAACGCCGCAUGCGUUGUUCUUCGACCCUAAUGACUCUGGGGAUGGCCCUGCCGGCGGCGAAGAAAGCACGCCAAUCAUACAAACUCCAGACGGAAGUGGACUUGUUAUCGAUACCCGCCCACGACGACCGCGCCCACAAAGGAGUGAAUUCCAGCAGAUUAUUGUAAAAUGUGUGCUACAUCUGCUUGUGAUCCAAACGCUACAGGAAGUCCUCACUUCCGGUCCAGAAGACGCCGUAUACCAAAGCUUGAGUUCAAAAAACCUCUUUACCCUCAUCGACUGCUUGGAGCGAAGUUAUCGAUUUGCGAGGGCUUUCAAUGGAGAUAUGGAUUUGAGGAUGGCCUUGUAUCGAAUGGGUUUUAUGAGGCAACUCCCAAAUUUGUUGAAACAAGAGACGAGUAGUGUAUCCAGUUAUCUCGGCGUGCUCAUCAAAAUGUAUUUGGAUGUCAGUGCUGAAAGACGGGGCAUGAGAGGAGAAAUUGAAAAGCGACUUGUGCCACUCAGCCACGACAUCCUAAUGCACUACAACUCUCUCGACCCAGAAUCGAAACGUCGGAACGUGAACGCCUGGCGUCCAGUGGUUGUGACCAUUCUUAAUGCUCUAGUAGAUUUUGACGAAGAUCAGUUCCGACGCCAAAUGCCAUUGUUCUAUGGGGAAGUCGUCAACUUGCUCAUACAAGACGUUACACCGGAUGUAAGACUCGUGCUGCACUCUUUACUCAUACGCACCGGAACAACGUUUGGUAUCAUGACUGAACGGGAGGCCCUGAGUGCAACGGCCAGUCGGAGUUCCGUAGCUGGAAGUACCGAAGGAAUACACAGCAUUCCCGUCAGCCCCAGGGGGAGCCAGCGAAACCUUGUAGCAGGCGGCGGCGAUGAUCUAGUCUCUGAGGGCGGAGGGAUUGAUUCGGCUCCCAUAGACUCUGGACUACCAGAUCUGGCGACAUGUGAUGCACCUAUCGAUAUGGGCGAGGGCGAAGUGAGCACUCAUGAGGGUGGGUGGAUGAUAAGCAGAGAGGAGACAGGAAGUCCCGCUGUGCCUCCUAAUAUUGGUGCAAGCGCGAACGAGAAUGCUGCUGAAGGGGAACAGGCAGAGGUGAAUGAUCUACGGGCAGAUUCAUUCAGCGGCGAAAGUACGGAAAUACCGUCAUCGGCAACGGAAGGCGUAGAGGACAAGACGAGACAAGGAGGAACUGGGUUAACAGAUGAUGAAACCUUCACGUAG